CUGGAAGCCGUCACUUCCGGAAGUGUUGUCAUGGCGCCGAAGGCCUACUGAGGGACCGCCGAGUCUCCGCCCUCCUUCUCCCCCCCGUGGAACGUGAGCUGAUCCUCCGUCGGUGUUUCCUGGACUCCGGCGGCAGCAGCAGCAGGGUUGCUCAUCGGUUGUUGUCGGUCAGAAGCCGGAAGGAUGAGCACACAGUAUAGCAUCCUAUUCAAACAAGAACAUGCUCAUGAAGACUCCAUCUGGUCUGUGGCUUGGGGAAAGAGUGAGAAAGAUGGCUCGGAGACUAUAGUGACUGGCUCGUUAGAUGACUUGGUUAAAGUCUGGAAAUGGCAGGAUGAGAAGUUGGAACUACAGUGGACUCUGGAGGGACACCAGUUGGGAGUUGUAUCAGUUGAUAUUAAUCACACGGGUGCCACUGCAGCCUCCAGUUCCCUGGAUGCACAUAUUCGCCUCUGGGAUUUAGAGUCAGGCAAACAGAUUAAGUCUUUGGAUGCUGGCCCAGUUGAUGCUUGGUCUGUGGCCUUCUCUCCAGAUGGCAAGUUUUUAGCCACAGGGAGUCACUUGGGAAAAGUAAAUAUAUUUGGAGUUGAAAGUGGAAAGAAGGAAUCUUCCUUGGAUACAAGAGGGAAAUUCAUCCUCAGCAUUGCAUACAGUCCUGAUGGCAAAUACCUAGCCAGUGGUGCUAUCGAUGGUAUCAUCAACAUGUUCGACAUUGCAACUGGAAAGCUUUUGCAUACGCUAGAAGGCCAUGCCAAGCCAAUUAGAUCUUUGACAUUCUCCCCAGACUCGCAGCUUCUAAUUACUGCCUCUGAUGAUGGUUACAUAAAGAUUUAUGAUGUACAACAUGCCAAUCUUGCAGGUACGCUAAGCGGUCAUGGAUCCUGGGUGUUGAGUGUUGCAUUUUGUCCAGAUGACACACAUUUUGUAUCAAGUUCUUCUGACAAAAGUGUAAAGGUAUGGGAUGCUGGCUCCAGAAGCUGUGUACACACAUUUUUUGAUCACCUAGAUCAGGUCUGGGGUGCUAAAUACAAUGGAAAUGGGUCAAAGAUAGUCUCCGUUGCAGACGAUCGUGAGAUCCAUAUUUAUGACUGUCCAAUCUGAAGUGUUCUGCUCAGAAUGUAAAACUGCACCAAGAUCUCCAUCUUCAACUACAAACUGAUGCCUUUCUGGCAAUGUGUUAAAGGCCAAUAACAUGAUUUUUCUGUCAACAAAUCUAUAGUUAAAAAUAUCAUGAAACCAAAAGAGCUGUCAUGAAAUCUGAAUUGGAUAAACCAUUCCUCAUUUCAUUUUAAUUUGGUUUACUUGAAAAGGUUUUCUCAAACAUAGUUUUGUUUGUGUUUAUGCUGUUCCCCACGUUGUGUAUCAUUUUUGUUUUAUUUUCGAAGUUGACAAAGUAAACAUGGUUUUAUAUAUUUGAUAUGAGGCCUGAUUCAACACAGAUGAAAUGGAGUGGGUUUCUUCAUGACAGCAGUUUUAAUGACAGCUACCUAACCCUGUUGUCUUGGGUUGGAAUUUACAUUAGUUACAGAAACUAAUCUGGCCUGUGGAAACUACAUGUUCAUCAGAGAAUGUUUUGUGCAUAACUGGUAAACCUGGUGUCAAUGGCCCAUGGUGAUGAAAAUACAGGUUUAUUAAAACAGAAAUAUUUCAUUCACUUGUACAUAAAUCAUUAAAUUGGGCUAAAUUUAAGUGGGACAAAAGUUAUUUCUUGUGGUAAUUGCCUGCUAUUUGAGUUUUCUAUAAACUUGCAUUUGUCCAUUCUA